UGAUUGGCUGCGGUUCCUAGUUGUCAUGGUGACUCUGGCCUGGAGGCCUCUCGUUUCUAGGGCCUGUGGAGCGGAUGGAGCUGGAGCUGGAGGAGCAGAGCAAGCCGCCUGUUGUUCCCGGGGAGCUGGGCUCCGGCGUCCCGGGAGGGGAGAUCUGCCCGCCUGCUGUGCCGGAGCUCUUAAGGGCCCUGUGGGAUGAGCCCGAGAAGCCGAGGAGAUGUCCACAGGGCCGUGUGAAGUCUCACCGGCAGCACCGGUACCGGCUGUGCCCACUGGGCAGGGAGAGCUACGCACUAAGGAAGUUAAGAGAAGCCGCCAAUGGGAAUGACCUAGACACAGUCCAACGCUUGCUUGAUGAAGGAGCAGAUCCUUGUGCGGCUGAUGACAAGGGCCGUACAGCCCUGCACUUUGCAUCCUGUAAUGGAAAUGACCAAAUUGUACACUUGCUCCUGGACCAUGGUGCCGAUCCAAAUCAGAGGGAUGGCCUAGGGAAUACCCCAUUGCAUUUGGCUGCUUGUACGAGCCAUGUCCCAGUGAUUACAACACUUCUGCAGGGCGGUGCCAGAGUGGAUGCUUUAGACCGUGCAGGCCGGACGCCACUGCAUUUAGCUAAGUCUAAGCUGAACAUCUUGCAGGAUGGGAAAUCACAGACUCUAGAAUCUCUGCGACUAGAGGUGAAACAGAUAAUCCAAAUGUUGCGGGAAUAUCUAGAAAAGCUGGGACAACAGGAACAGACAGAACAGCUGGAUCAGAUCUGUUCCCGACUACAGAGGACAAGUACCAAGGAGCAGGUGGAUGAGGUGACAGACCUUUUGGCCAGCUUCACUUCUCUAAGUCUCCAGAUGCAGAACAUGGAAAACAGGUAGCCAGAGGUGCUGCAAUUCAUCUUAACUGCUCAACUACCCCAGGAGCUCUGCAAUAUUCCAUUGUUACUGUGAUGUAACUUGUUCACCAUCGUGCAGUGUCUGCAUUACUUCCCAUUUACCAACUACAGCAUACUUUUCCCAUUGCUAACCUCUAUAUUCAGAGUCCUUAUACAAUGGCUUACUAAAGGAUGGGAAUGAAGCAAUUUAAAAGACUGGGGAAAAAGCCUUUAAUAAAGCAAAGACUCCUUUCUAAACUGAACAAUAAAGGGGUAUCUAUGCUGUUGGUACGAUCUACAUCCCAGCCACCUGUUAUUUCUUAACUCGAGGUGCUAUAUACUUUGAGUUGUUUUGUGAGUUUUCAUUUCCUAUGUUCUGUAGCAGUGCUGUUAAAUUGUACUGUUUGUGCUGUGUCCUGUUAAAAUAUUAGCCUUUCCCUGUGACUGGAUAUACGGGAUGUGGUCAGGAUACCGAUGCCGGAAUCCCGACCACUGACAAUGCAGACAGCCGGAAUCCCGGCUAACAGAGGCUAUUCCCACUUGUGAGUGUCCACAACACCCAUAGAGUAGAAACAGAACCUGUGGCAAGCGCAGCGAGGGGCUUCGUGCGCUCGCCCCCGUCGGCAUUCUGGUGGCCAGGAUCCCUGCGUCGGUAUGCUGGCCGCCAGCAUACCAUACCCAACCCGUUUAAUACAUGUUCUUACCUUAUUUUGUGUGGGCGUAGCUGAUGGAUCAUAUUCCAUGUCCUUAUAAAAUAAGGCUACAGUUUCAAAGAAAGUCAUUACAAUUGCUAUCUGCUGAGGCCACUUGUAGUCUAUGUGAGAAAGUGUUUUCUAAAAAAAAAAAAAAAACCUUUUCAUGCUCAUUUAAUAAUGUCUUCACUGCAGAUCUGGUGCAAAGCUCCUUAUUUUUGGAAGGUGGCAAAAACAGUACUUAUUUCUAUGAAGGGAUGUGUUUAUAGCUAAGCACGUAAGUGACAUCCAAGGGGCCAGCGAUGUGGUGCUGUUUUAACUUGUAACUAAAAUGUGCACACAGCAGAUUAUGGUGUACAUACUAUAGCUUUGUGGAAUGUAGGCCAUCAAACCCUUAAAAGUUCUUUCUAAAAUAUUCUGAUAUGAAGCAUGAAAGCUAUAAAUGUUGUUCUUUGUUAAAGAGUAAAGUAUUUGCUGAUAGCUAAAGCUCUUAACACACAUGUAGGAUAGUGUCUUAAUUUGACCCUCUCAAGUCUAUACACGCUAAUUUGUAGUCAAUGAGGCUUGUCUGGUAUUCCUGGUACAGCCCAUCCACGCUUGUCAACACUAGCUUGGUUAGAGAAGCGACACUCACCCUCCUUUACCUUUGCAAAAUGGCUGGUGAGGAGGGAAUAUCAACAUUGUGAACUUACCCAGUCUUAGUAUAAAUCCUAUGGCUAGCUCUGGUUUAAUUUGCAUGCAGCAAUACACAGCCUGUGAUGUUUGCCAGUGUCAGCUAUUUUCUUUAUUCGCUCUUUAAAAAUAUUGCCUAGUCAAGAAGGCACAUUUUGCAUCCUGUUGAUAUAUGGUUAAUAUAACUGUUCAUUAAGGUACUGAAAAGGUUAAUGAAACUUGCACUUUAUAAAAUUCUAGAAAUUCAAUUAAAACAUGCAAAUCAGUGUGCCUCGCCUUGCAAAAGAUUUUUCCUAAAACACAUUACUGGAUAAAAAUAUUCCAUAUAUGUUCACUUGUAGCUCAAAGGUGGUUCUGCAGGUUUUGGGUGAUUUGAGUGUUUGCAGCCUAAUCUUCCCUAUUUGAACAAAAAAAAACAAUGUAUCCGUCCUACUGUUUUGACUAUUGUGCUUUGAAAAUGACAAUGUAACUCUAAUUUCAGUACAUUGUGUAUCCAUUGUUUGUAUAGUUUUGGUUUAAAAAAAAAGACUAAAAAUACAAA